AUGGUGACUGGAGAUCCAUCAGUGACCAGUCCAAAAACGGCAGCUUCAGAUGAUGACGACUACACCGCUGCCAUGUCGCACCUAACAAUUGGACAGCAGAUCCAGGAGUUGUCCAAACAACUGCAGAACACCAAGGAGGAGCUGCACCAGCAGGUGCGAGACAAGCAUGGAGCACUUCUUCAGCAGGCCACGCAUGCAGGAAGAUUCGAUGCAGCCUUGAAUACGCUAGCGGAAGACGUUCAGCGGGUAAGGGAAACCGGGCAUCGGCUGAAGAGCCAGGUAGACACGCAGUAUCAGCAGGUGGAGAACCAAACACAGGUUCUGGGACGUCUCCAUGAUGUGAGUCACCUUCUGCGCUCUGCCGGAACACUGCUGACUCUCACGGCCAAACUAAAGGCCACUAAGGAUGUGCUGCGGCAAGCGGAGCUGCACUUUGAAUUGGGCCAACUAAUCGAGGACAAGGACCUGAAGGACAUCGAGUUUAUACAGCAGGAGAGAGCGUAUGUGAUCAGCUCGGGACAGAAGAUAAGAAACCUCACGCAGAUGCAGUUGGUCACUGGCCUCCAGGAACGAAAUCAAAAUCAAGUGGUUAAUGCCCUGAAGAUCUUCAUGAAUUUCAACACGCUGGAGAAAUCGCUGGACAACCUGCUUGCCACCUUCAUAGCGGACAUGGAGCAGUCGCUCAAGGAGUGCUUUGCCGGUAACGACAUUUCGGUGUUGAACAAGUCGCCCACGCACAAUGUAAGCAAGCCGACUGCCUCGAGAGGACCAGGCAAAACUCCCCAGCUUACCACCACGCAGAACUUUAGGGCCAAAUUCUGGAAGUCCCUGCACUGGCUGCUCUAUGAUGAACUCUGAACUUGCACGCAGAUCAAGCUGCUUAAGACUGCCCUAGAGCAGAUCAACCAAUUCGGUUAUACCUCGGAGUCCUCGGAUCAGUGCAUACCGCAGAGAUUUUGGCAGCAAGUCCAGCAACUGCUACGGAAGUCCUUUGAUGAGUGCCCACAGCACGUCACUCAGAUCCAGGAAGGCCUCUCCAAGCUCCUGACGUCGGCACGUGGCUUGGAGCAGCGUCUGAAUGGGGAAUUCCAGUUCGACAAUGAGCUGUUUGCCCCCCUAGAAGUGGGUUAUGUCAGCAAGUGUGCUGCUAACCUUAAAGCCUGUUUGGCCGGAGUAGAUCUACCUGGCAACGAGACUGUGGACAACUUUAUACGAGUGGCUUUCACUGAACUAAGCGCUGCCUUAAUCGAUUCCCGACUUACGAAUUCCAUUGCGAAUGUAUUUAUAGCUUGUGGCAAGGAAUUGUGUACCAAACUGGAGGCACAAAUCAAGCUGGGAGCCGAUUCAAAACAGGUUGUGGAUCUGCCUAACCUCCAGCAGCAACAGAACACACAGUUGGCCAAUGUCUUGUAUUAUUACAAGGAUUCAGUACGUCGCAUGCUGGGAGAUCUCCAGGUUCAGUUCGAGAAGACCCCAGGAAGUGCUAGGGAGAACAUUUCACGCUCACUGGAGCAAGCGGAUCUGCUAAUUGGCACCAUUCUGCAGCAGAUCAUGGAGUCGAUUAUUACAACAAUAAGCAUCAUCAUUAGUAUGCACCGUGAACCGGGACUCAACACUGACCGGUUGUCCACCACGGGUCCUUCGAUGUACAUGAAGGAGCUGCAGGAAUUCAUCAACCGUUCCUGGUCACAUCACAUUGCCCUCUUCGAUGACAAGCAGAUGACCACCAAGUGUGGUCACGAGCUGGCCAAGCGUUGCAUCGAGCUGUUCCUCCACAACCUGUGCAUCCUGCGUCCUCUAAGCUCAGCGGGGAGGCAGCGUCUGAAGCAGGAUUGUCAGCAUAUGGAACAUGCGCUAAAAGCCCUCUGUCUUAAUCUUGCUGAGCUUGGGAAGCCCUCGCGUCUGCUAAGAGCCAUGUCACUACUGAUCGUUCAAAUGCCGCAGGAGCUGGUGAAGCAGACAAUAGGAGAGGACUCCCUGGUGCCCAGUUAUAUUGUAUUACUGCUGCUCUUUGGACAUGCUGGAGCAGACCUACAGUCGCCGCAUACUACCGCCAACUGGUCGAAUGAGCGAUUGAUCGAAUGGCUGGAUGGUCACACGGCUGAACGGGAGAAGCUGGAGCUCAUCUCUGGUGCACUGCAGCGGUAUCGGGACAAUGCUAGGCGCAAAAAUAUCCAGCAGUAUGACGAGGUGUAUCCCAUGAUGGUGGAAUACUUUGAACAGGCCUUGAAUGCUAUUCCAUAAAAUAUAUUUUAACGUAUUUUAAAUAUGUA